CCUUAAUGGGCUACCAUGCAACUCAACCCACAAACUCCUUGCAAAAGCAGUCUUCCAUUUCAUAGUACAACUAUGGCCGCCUCUACAAUGGCACUUUCUUCUCCAUCUUUCGCUGGACAGGCGGUGAAACUCUCUCCCUCCGCCCCCGAGAUCACCGGCAAUGGCAGGGUGUCCAUGAGGAAGACUGUUGCCAAGCCCAAGCCCGCUUCAUCCGGAAGCCCGUGGUAUGGCCCAGACCGUGUUAAGUACUUGGGCCCAUUCUCCGGUGAGCCCCCAAGCUACCUCACCGGUGAAUUCCCUGGUGACUACGGGUGGGAUACCGCAGGGCUUUCAGCUGACCCAGAGACCUUUGCCAAGAACCGUGAACUCGAGGUGAUUCACUGCAGAUGGGCGAUGCUUGGAGCUCUUGGAUGCGUCUUCCCCGAGCUCUUGGCCCGCAAUGGUGUCAAGUUUGGUGAAGCCGUCUGGUUCAAGGCCGGAGCUCAGAUAUUCAGCGAGGGUGGUCUCGACUACUUGGGCAACCCAAGCUUGAUCCACGCUCAGAGCAUCUUGGCCAUCUGGGCUUGCCAAGUUAUUCUGAUGGGAGCUGUUGAGGGUUAUCGUAUUGCCGGUGGACCGCUUGGUGAGGUGACCGACCCACUCUACCCAGGUGGCAGCUUUGACCCGUUGGGGCUGGCUGAUGACCCAGAAGCCUUCGCUGAGCUCAAGGUUAAGGAGAUCAAGAACGGCAGACUUGCCAUGUUCUCCAUGUUCGGAUUCUUUGUUCAGGCCAUCGUCACCGGAAAGGGCCCAUUGGAGAACCUUGCGGACCACCUUGCGGACCCAGUUAACAACAACGCCUGGGCCUACGCUACAAACUUUGUCCCUGGAAAAUGAGCCUAAGAAUGAAUGAAUGUGAACUGUGUGCGCGAGCCCACAAAUGGUGAAUUUUCAGUUGUAAUGUGGGUGUCUCUGAUGUAAAUGCAUCUGAUCUAAUGGAGAAGAUAUGAUAUUUUUAGCGUGAAUUGGCUUGA